UCAAGCCCCGUCCCCCGCCCCUCCGGCACUCGGGGGCGGGAAGUGGCGGGGGGAGUCACCCAGCGUGAUUGCCCGCGGCCCCUCCUGCUGCGGCGAGGCAGCUGCAUAAAAGCUGGCUGGCGAACCACUUUCUGCACCUCAUCUGCCAGCUCUCAUCCGUCGGAGAGGAGCGCCCGACAGCAGAACCUUCUCCGCCCAGUCCGCCCGCCAGCCACUAUGCUCGGGAGCAAGCGACUGGGGCUGUCGGGAUUGACCCUCGUCCUGUCCCUAAUCGUGUGCCUGGGCGCUCUGGCCGAGGCGUACCCCUCCAAACCCGACAACCCGGGGGAGGAUGCGCCGGCAGAGGAUAUGGCCAGAUACUACUCGGCACUGCGACACUACAUCAACCUCAUCACCAGGCAGAGAUAUGGGAAGCGAUCCAGCCCUGAGACACUGAUUUCAGACCUCCUGAUGAGAGAAAGCACAGAAAAUGCUCCCAGAACCAGGCUCGAAGACCCUUCUAUGUGGUGAUUGGAAACGCAAUUUAUUCUCCGGUCUUUUCCUGUUUUCGACCCAUGCUUCAUCCUGUCACCAUCCAACCAGUGCAUGCCACUGUUGCUCUGAGUUCUGUGAUAUUUUCCAUUGUUACCAUUGUUACAUGUGUGUGUUUCAAUAAAGUCCCAUGCAUUCAAAAGUGUGUCUUUCUCUAUGAAAAAAAGAUCUGCUAUUGCAAUAAUGAAAAAGCUUUUAAGAUAGUCAUUGAAUUAAAAGU